ACUAUAUGAAGACAUAGAAAGAAAACUUCAGCUUUUACUGGGAACAGAUGGAGAGAAACUUGCAAGGAACAGAAGUGACUGCUGCAAGCUCUAGAGAGGACACAGCAAUUCCACAGGCUGGAUGCAGACUGAUCACAGGGAAACAAAUAGGAGCCAUAAGUGAACUGUGUGCAGCAUGUAAUACAAUGCCUGGAGGAGCGCUCACUGCACAUGGCUCAGGCUCAUUAUGGAGAUGUUUAAAGCCAUAAAAAAAAGUGACAUCUGGAGGGGAUAACAAUAUCAUUAACCUGUGUUAUUAGGGUGGACGUCUGAGAGCUGCGCCAAAGUCUGCUCAUCACAUAAGGGGAUCCUGCAACAUCCAAGUACCAGUGUGAUGCUGCUUUAAAAUAACCAUUAAGGAUGCAACCAAUAGGCAGACAUGCUAGAAGUCUACCUGGAUGUUUUAUUCUCCUCUGGCUUGUUGUCCUUCCUGUACGGGGCAUGGCAUGCCCGAAACCUUGUGCCUGUUAUGUUAAUACAGAAGUCCACUGCACUUUCAGAUAUCUCAAAGCCAUCCCUAAACAGAUCACGCCUCAUGUGGAACGCAUCAAUUUAGGGUACAACAGCCUGAACAAACUGACAGAGAGCGACUUCACUGGCUUGAAGAAAUUAGAGCUUCUGAUGUUACAUAGUAACGAAAUACAAACAAUUCACGAAAAUGCUUUCCAGGAUUUAACCUCAUUGCAGGUAUUGAAAAUGAGUUACAAUAAAGUGAAAACCCUCCACAAGAAUACAUUCCGCAGUCUGAAGAGUAUGGUCAGACUACACAUGGAUCACAAUAAACUAGAAAUCCUGCCCCCAGAAUCAUUCUACGGGCUCACAUCUCUGAAACUGGUGCACUUAGAGGGAAAUGAACUGAGGCAGUUACAUACGGACACUUUUGUCACUUUACGUUUCAUACAGAUAUUUAGAACAUCAACUAUAAAACACAUCUAUCUGUCAGAUAACCAGUUAUCAUCACUGCCAAAAGAGAUGUUCUUGUACUUGGAUGAACUGGAAGGACUUUAUCUUCAUGGAAAUCCUUGGUCCUGUGACUGUGAUCUUCAGUGGCUCACAGAACUGGGAGAGCAAUCUAGAGACUUAAUCAAGUGCAAGAGAGAUCGCUCAGGAACUCAAUGCCCUCUUUGCUCCAGUCCAAAAACAAAUCAAGGAAAAUCUUUAAAUGAAAUAUCAUCUCGAGAUCUUACCUGUGUUAAGCCUACUAUUGAGAAGUUAAAAAAUGUCUCUACCCUUGAAGAAGGAAGCUUCACAGUUAUAUCAGCCAAAGACUUUGUAGCUCCAAUGGGGUCUCUGAUCCUAAACAUGACAGACAAGUCGGGGAAUGAAGCAAACCUGGCAUGUAAUGUUCAAAGACCAACCAAAAUGUCUCAGAUAAUGUUGGACAGAAAGGAAGAAUACACAGUUAUGACAACAACAUUUUCUUCUUUCCUGAUAUGCAAUAUUGACUAUGAUUAUAUCCAGAAGUUAUGGGGAAUAUUAGCAAUGUAUAGUGAUUCCCCAAUGAAACUUAAACGAGAACUCUUGCUUACAAAGACACCUUUUAUCAGCUACAAAUACAAGCAAGUGAGUUCUGUUGAUGAUGUCUUCACUGACAUUGAUGCAGAAAUUCGAGCAGAACCAAACUGGCUGAUGCAGGACUUGGUAACUUUACAACUUGAUAGGAUAGCUACAACUCUCAGCACAUUGCAUAUUCGCUUCUUGACAGAUAUGCAUGUCACAAUUCCUAAUUCUGUUGAAUACCCUUCAAGAAACCAUUGGGCUAUGAUUAUCAAGAGCAACCAGACACAGACAGAAUAUACUGCAUUAAUAGGAGGAACAGUAGAGAUGGACUGCCAAGUUGUGGGUGAACCAGUACCAAAUAUUGAAUGGGUUCUACCUGAUGGAAGUAAAAUUACAGCACCAUAUAUAAGUGAAGAAGGAAGGAUAACAAUUACAAAAAAUGGAAACUUUAUAUUAAGGGCAGCUGAUAGUUUUGACAAUGGGGUUUACCACUGCAUUGCUACCAAUUAUUUAGAUGCCGAUGUACUUUCAUUUAGAAUUACUGUGGUAAGCGGUGAUGUGGAAGAAGAAGCUGUAAAUGGGAUUGAGCUUUUAGUCAGUCAUGGAGAUGUUCUCUAUCUUCCUUGUAGUUCAGUUGGAGUUCCUGAUGCAUUUGUGAACUGGAUAUUACCAGAUCACACGAUUUUGCAUGAGACCUCAAAGAACAAAAUCAUUUUCUCCAAUGGCACACUAAAAAUCCAAGCUGUAACUAAAAAAGACAGAGGUCAUUUUAGAUGUUUAGCGGCUAAUCAAUAUGGCUUAGACAUUCUAACCCACAAAGUUUUAGUGGAAGAUAGAAGAAUCAACACAAUCACUAGGAAAAUACAUAUGGACCAAAAUAAGGAUGAAAAUAAUGAAGGGUCAGGCAAUGAAGACAUUAAAGAAAACAUUCAAUCUGGAAGAGGGAAAGCCACUGAGAAUAAAAGAUACCCUAAUAGACACAUUCCUGACAAAUCUGAUGGGCGACAGAACUCAAAUAUAGCACAGAGAAGGAACAGAAUUAACCAUAGACAUAGAGGACAUAGGAGACAAUUUACUCAAAACACAAGAAGAAUUGAUCCCCAACGCUGGUCAGAAAUAUUGCAAAAAACAAAACAAAACUCAAUUAAUAGCAAAUCAACAACAGAAGUCAUGCAAACAGUCAAGGAAGAAAAUGAUAUAGAAAGUGCAUCUGGGGAUGCAGAACAACCAUCAGGUGAAGAAUUACUUCCAGUGAAUGAAAAGUUUUUAAUAGUAACAGAAAAAUACUCAAGUGCAGGCAUGCUAGAUACAAAACCAACAAUGUCUUCAGUGCCUGUUUCUGAUGAUUUUAAAUGGAGAACAGAUAAACUACCUACAACACCAACCAAAAUGAAUACUGAUGAGAACCCCACAAAAAUUACAGGGGUGAGUAAUUACAUCACAGUGAGCAGUCAGGAACCAACCAUAUCACAUUCUUUAACUUCAGGAGUAAACCCUACUACCAACAAUUAUGAUAGUGAACAGCCAACAACACUAAGCAUUUUAAACCCACCAGCAUUGGCAAUAUCAGAAUCACCACCUACUACAAGUGUUUCAGACAUGUUACCGACCGAUGCCACAACCAAUUUAGUCUCACAGCAUUUUCCAUUAACUAAAUAUGGUGGACUUGAAUCUGACAGUAAUACUUUUAUCACUACUAUAAAAUCAUUAACUGCAACUCCACAGUCUGGUGUAAUAAGUCCAACAAUCUCUAGCAGUUACGUUUAUACUGAUUCACAAGAAAGUAUAACACCCUCGGUAACUACACAAACCAAUUCCCAUUAUACUGCUACAACUGAUAUUUCAAACCCUGUCCUUUUGGAAAAUGGACUACAAUCAACAUCUUGGUAUGAUGACAUCAACACUGUCACAACAUCUAGUUAUUUGGAUAGUCUAUCUGAGAAUGUGGUCACUAUGCCUGAACAAGAAGCAAUUUAUAUCCAUAGCUCACCUCCAAAUAUAAUAAUGAAUCCAACAACAACAACAUACGAGUCCCCUACACAAAAUAUAUUUAUGGAUCAAACAACUACAUCUAGCUACCGCCAUGUAAUUCAAAAUUCUAUUAGCGCACCACCACCUUAUGAACAAAUAACUGUUCCACCAACCAUUUCAAGUACAGAAAGUUCUGCCAUUUCUACAGCCCCGGAGGAAGUUACAGAACCAUCAGUCACAAACCACAUUACAAAUACUCCAGUUUCUCAUAAAAAAUCACUAUUCACUGUUAAUUCACAUUCAAAAACACCAUUGUAUUUUCCAACCAUUACUACUCUGGCACCUGUUGUUUCGAAUACCAAAAACAUUACAAAGGUUUAUCCUUCAAGUGGGCUACAGACAACACCUGGUAAUUUAGAUGUUUCUACAUCAAAGAUUCACACCACAAGGAUUUCACAUUAUUCUUCAGAAAGAGAUGAUUUGGAAGAUCAAACUGUUAGUUUUGAUUCCUCCACCAAGUCAAGUGCAAAAUUGUUUUUCUCGCAAACUGACAUCGGUCCCAUCUACUUUCGUAGCACUCAGAAAAUUAUUACUCCAGGGCUUCCAGCUGGUUCCACCAUCAUUACUCAUCAACAGAUCCAAAUAGGUAAAGAAGUUACAACAUUUGUGCCAACCAUAAGACGAUAUGGUCGCAGAAGAAUCCCAGGAAGAAGGCGCAUUAUAAGGCCAGAUCGUAUACCAAAUGUUAGAGCUCAUCAAUUUAAAUUUGGAAAAGUAGAAAACAUAAAUGACAUUAUUGAAACCACAACAGCAUACCCUAUGGCUUUUGAAACAGGUAAAUAUAAACAGAUUUUAUAUAGUACAGCACCUUCAAUCACAAAUGCUCCAUUGGCGAUUGAACAGUCUUCCAUAAUUGCACCGGAAACAGUCAAGGGCAAAAAGACAACCACUCUGGUGACUACACAAUUCAAAAACACUGUUAACACUGAAAAAUCUGCUAAUAUCAAUGUUACACCAUUGACAACUAUACCUGAUAAUAUUCUGAAAGCAAGUGACAUGUCUCUUUUGGAAAAGUUUAAGGUUGGAUUAAGUUAUACCCAAGGUGCAACAACAACCAUUCCAACAACCAUGCCUGUAGUUGAAAGAACAGAAGUACUGGUAUCCACAUCUCCCCAGUCUACCACCAAACCUAUAGUAGCCUCAAAAAUAAUUAGAAGAAAAAUUCCCUGGCAUAGACUGUUUGGAAACAAUCAGCACAUGCAAAGAGAGAUACUCAAGAAACUAAGAAAACACUAUCAUCCAGCACCAACUAAUACUACUACUAAUCUUGGAACCUCAAUCCCAGCAGCUCAGUCUACAUUGCAUAGUUUAAAGGCAGAGACUAAUGUACCUUAUACAAAGGCAGGGAUAACAGUAAGAGGAAGCCCAAGCAGCUCUAUUAUAACAACAGUAAAUUACCCUAUGAGCGCUGAAGCUACAUCAAGUAAAGAUUAUCAAAUUAGUGUGAAAGCAUUAAAAACAAUAAUGCAUCCCACAACUGGUACAAGAGAAGCAACAACUGUUUAUCCAACCACCAUUACAAAAGAAACAAAUUAUGCCUCCAAAAAAACAACUGUGGUUUACCCAACAAUCACUAGUUAUAAACAAGGGCUAAAUUUCCUAAACAGUGCUGCAGUACCAGCAACUGUACAGGUUCCAUCCAGUAUAAAUUUUGCAGCAACUAAAGUUCAGCCAACAACUUUUAACGUUGCAAAGACUGAAACGCAUUCAGUCAGUACAACUGUGGUAAAAGCUUCCAAAGAAAUUACUCUAAUCCCUACCACAAGCUAUGUGUCCACUUCUUUAACCCCCAAAUCAUUUGUUGCUGCCUACAACAGACAUCGAUUUCUGAAAAGAAAACGACAGCGAAAGAAGAAUAUCUUAAGUAACUCAGGAAACACUCAAAAGUCGUCAACAAACAUGAACUUGACAACUAGUUCUGAAGAUACAACAUUUCAUAGAAUGACUUUAACACCAAAAUACUUCACUACUACUAUUACAAAAGCACCAACGACAUUAUCAAGUUUAGAAAAUGAUAUUCCUCUAAACAUGGUGACCAAAUCCUUCUGGAGUAAUCUGACCACGAAUGAUAAGUUAACCAUUCAACCAUCACUUCUAAUAAAUGGUAUUGAUGCCUUAACUACAACAUACCUAGAACCUUCAGACACAAAUUAUAUAACCACAUCUGACCGAGUAUUCAAAAAGAAUACUCCACAUGAACGUUAUGUCACAACAUAUAAAACUAAAGGCUUUUCAACACAUAAGACAAAUCCUACAACUAGUACUCCCUCCCCACUAUCAGUAGCACCUAAUGUUAUCAACCGGUUGACUAUCCCAGCACCUAUAAUGAUUCCAAGCACUUCCCAACCAACAGCUGGAUCUGGAAAGGAAAAUGUCAGGACAACAAAAACAUCUCAGAGAAAUGUACAUACAAUAGUACAUGUUCCAAAUGUAUUGAGGACACCAGUACGAUAUAACUUUUCUUCCACAAUAACACAACAAACUGUAACUAAAGAAACACCCCAUAAAACCGAAGAAAUCAUAUACAAAAAACCUCACAUUUUGGGAGGUAAAGCUGCAAGUUUCACAGUCCUUGCUAACUCCGAUGCCUUCAUUCCAUGUGAAGCAACUGGGAACCCAAUGCCUACGAUAUUGUGGACAAAAGUGGCUUCAGGGACUUUCGUGUCAAAGACAAGAAGAGGAAACAGGAUGGAAGUCUUUCCAAAUGGAACACUCUCUAUUUCAAGCGUGAGUGUCGAGGACCGUGGGCAGUAUCUUUGCGUUGCUAAUAACCAGUAUGGCUCAGACCGGUUGCUUGUUACACUUUCUGUAAUUACAUAUCCGCCAAGGAUUAUACAGGGCAGAUCAAAAGAGAUUACAGUGCACUCUGGGAGUACUGUAACCAUAAAGUGUCAAGCAGAAGGCCGACCUUUCCCUACCAUCACUUGGAUACUAGCCAAUGAGACCAUUGCAUCUGAAAAAUCUGACAAUAAUUACAAGGCUUUUGUCCUAUCUGAUGGGACUUUUACUAUUACAGAAGUAACUAUUUACGAUCGAGGAAUUUAUAAGUGUUUUGCUACGAAUAUAGCUGGAGCAGAUACAUUUACGGUAAAAGUUCAAGUGAUUGCUGCCCCCCCUACUAUUUUGGAAGACAAAAGACAAACUGUGCUGGCACAUUCAGGAGAGAAUGUUAAACUUCACUGCACUGCAAAAGGAGAACCUCAACCAAGUGUUCACUGGGUAGCGUUUGAUGGUACAAAGGUGAAACCAUUACAUUAUGUAAAUGAAAAGUUAUUUCUAUUCUCCAAUGGAACACUCUACUUAAGGAAUGCAGCGUCUUCCGACAAUGGAAAUUAUGAGUGUAUAGCAACCAGCUCUACUGGCUCAGAAAGAAGGGUUGUUACUCUCAGGGUGGAGCAAAAUGAUAUUGGACCAAAGAUAAUCUAUGCAUCUCCAAAGACCACUGAAAUAAACUUUGGUGAAAAAUUGAUGCUAAACUGUAGUGCAGCUGGAGAACCAACGCCAAGAAUAAUGUGGAGACUACCAUCAAAAGCUGUGGUAGAUCAAUGGCACAGAAUGGGAAGCCGAAUACAAGUUUAUCCAAAUGGUUCAUUGGCUGUUCUUUCUGUAAAUGAAAAAGACGCUGGAGACUACUUGUGUGUAGCAAGAAAUAAAUUGGGAGAUGAUGUAAUCCUGAUGAAAGUCAGCAUAAGCAUGAAACCAGCAAAAAUAGUUCAAAAGCAAUACCUCACAAAACAAGUUCCAUUUGGCAAAGAUUUUAAAGUUGAUUGCAAGGCCUUAGGAUCUCCAGUACCAGAAAUAUCAUGGAGUUUACCAGAUGGUACAUUGAUAAACAACGUUCUUCAAGCUGAUGACAGUGGUAGGAGAAAACGAAGAUAUGUCCUUUUUGACAAUGGUACAUUGUACCUCAACAAAGUUGGGAUGUCUGAAGAAGGAGACUAUACAUGCUAUGCUGAAAAUACAUUGGGAAGAGAUGAGAUGAAAAUACAUAUUAGUGUUGUAGCAGCUGCCCCACGUAUUCAAGUCAAUCCAAACACAAAGUUUGAAGCAAGAGCGGGGUCUAGUACAGUUCUUGAUUGCCAAGCCAUUGGAGAACCAAAACCAAAGAUAUUCUGGUUGCUUCCAUCUAGUGAUGUGAUUGCAACUUCCCAUGACAGAUAUACAUUGCAUGAAAAUGGAUCUUUGUCCAUCAACCAAAUCAAGUUAUUAGAUGCUGGGGAAUACAUGUGUGUGGCACGCAAUCCAGCAGGAGAUGAUACAAGACUUCUCAAGUUAGAUGUUCUUUCAACUCCACCUGUUAUUAAUGGAUUAUACACAAAUAAGACUAUAAUUAAAGAUUCUGCCUUAAAACACUCUAGAAAGUUGAUCCACUGUAGUGCAGAAGGGACACCUCCUCUUCAAAUAAUGUGGAUCAUGCCUGACAACAUAUAUCUAACUGCACCAUACCAUGGAAGCAGGAUUACAGUACAUAAGAAUGGAACUUUGGAAAUUCGCAACGUCAGACCCUCUGAUACAGCUGAAUUUACCUGUGUUGCUCGUAAUGAUGGAGGUGAAAGUUUACUGGUAGUUCAGCUGGAAGUUCAUGAUGUCCUUCGAAGACCUAUGUUUAAAAAUCCAUUCAAUGAGAAGAUCAUUGCUAAACCAGGCAAAAUGACAAUUCUUAAUUGCUUUGCUGCUGGGAAUCCCCUUCCAGAAAUUACAUGGCUUUUACCAAAUGGUACCAGAUUUCUAAAUGGGCAGAAGUCUUCAAAAUAUCAUGUAGGAACUAAUGGAACCUUCAUACUUUACAGUCCAACCAAAGAUGAUGUGGGAAAAUAUCGGUGUGCAGCCAGGAAUAAAGUGGGUUACAUUGAAAAACUAAUUAUUUUGGAAGUAGGUCAGAAACCUAAUAUUCUGACACAUCCAAGGGGGACAAUAAAGAGCAUAAUUGGUGAGUCUUUAUCUUUACAUUGUCUUUCUGAUGGAAUACCAAGACCCAGUAUUAUAUGGACCCUUCCAAGUGGAUAUAUUAUAGACAGACCUCAAGUCAAUGGGAAAUACUCAUUACUGGAGAACGGUACAUUGGUCAUUCAAGAAACAACCAUACAUGAUCGUGGAAACUAUUUGUGCAAAGCUAAAAAUAAUGCUGGAGAGGUGGCUAUUAGUGUCCCUGUCAUGAUUGUAGCCUAUCCUCCAAGGAUUACAAAUAAACCUCCACAUAACAUUCACACAAGAGUAGGAUCCCCAGUACAUCUCAACUGCAUGGCCAUUGGAAUACCAAAACCAGAGAUAUCUUGGGAGUUACCAGACUUAUCAAUAUUAACAACAGGUAGCAAAGGAAGACACAUGGGAAGUGGGCUUCUUCAGCCACAAGGAACAUUAGUUGUGCAAAAUCCAAGAACUUCAGACUCUGGGAUGUACAGGUGCAUUGCUAAGAACCCACUGGGUACGGAUAGCAGCACUACAUAUUUAAAAGUCAUCUAAACAAAGUGGCUGAGAAAUAAAUGAUACAGUAUACUUUACCUAAAACGGUUAAAAGACCUCUGAUCAGUUUUCCAAUCGUACCAUAUGUUGAAAUCAGCAAUUAUGUAAUUAAGAAAUCUCUUCUUCAAAAGCACCUUUCUGCAAGCUCCUACAGUAAUUAAACUGUGAACUGAAAUUGCAUUAUAUAUAUAAAAAAUAUAUAUUUUUAUUCCGAAUUAUAUGAUGGACAGUUAUUUUUCUGUUACAUUUCUUUACCUAUCAAGAUUAGAUGUGCUGUCAUUUUUUUUUAAGAUCACAGCAAUAAAAUAAAAACUAUUGUUUUUUG